ACUCAGCAGCCCAGAUCUCCUCAUCCAAAGCAGCCACCUCCAGGAGGGAGACACACCGAGAGAGAAAGCUCCAGAGCUCCGGACACACAGCAGCCAAGAUGAGCCGCAGCCCAGAAAGGAUCUCGUCGUAUCGGAGACAUUUCGAGGAAUGCACCACCUCCUCGUCCUCCACCGCGCUCCAGGUGAGGGUGUCCAGCCCCUCGCCCUCCCGCCGGGAUGCCCGCCAGCAGCGCGCCGCUAGCUACUCCCGCUCGGCCGCGGCCUCAGCUGCCAACGGCAUGGCGAUGGGACGCAGGGCCGUCUCCUCCUCCCGCAGGCCCCUGAUGGCGAGCAGCGCAAGCAUGGGCACCGCUUGUGUUGGCGCCAGCGGAGAAGCGAUAGAUCUGGACGCAGCUGCCGCCGAGAAUCAGGAAUUCCUCAGCACUCGCACCGGCCAGCGCAAGGAGAUGGUCGGGCUGAACGACAGGCUGGCUGCAUACAUCGAGAAGGUUCGGUCACUGGAGCAGCAGAAUAAGCUGCUGGAGACAGAAAUCGAGGCCCUCCAGAGCCGAUUCCUGAAACCCACGGGCCUGCGCAUGCUGUAUGAAGAGCAGCUGAAAGAGCUGAGGAAACUUGCAGAUCAAAUGAGAAUGCAGCGGGACCUGGCUGUUGCUGCCAAAGAUGCCAUGGCUGGACAGCUGGAGAUGAUGAAGGCCAGAUAUGAGGAGGCUGUGGAGCUGAGGAAGAAGGUCGAGAUGGACAUCGAGGACUUCCGCCCUGAUGUUGACGCAGCCACCUCCGCGCGCAUUGCUUUGGAGAAACAACUUGACAACCUGGAGGUCGAGAUUGAGUUCCUGAAGAGAGUUCAAAAAGAGGAAAUCGAGGACCUCAUGAAACAGAUCUACGCUGCCCAUGCCACCGCCCAAGGCGCCUUCGCCCUCCCCGACCUCUCGGCUGCUCUGAAGCAGAUUCAGAACGAGUAUGACACCAUCGCGGCAAAUAAUCUACAGAAAAUGGACUCAUGGUACAAUUCAAAAUUCGACGAUUUAAACAACAAAUCCACCAAGCAUGUGGACAGGAUUCGGGGUGCCAGAGAAGAGAUAUCAACGGCCAAAAAAGAUAUUCAAGACAGGGAGCGAGACCUGGAUGGUCUGAAGACUAAAAACGAUGCUCUUGAAGCACAAAUUCUUGAAGCUCAAGAGAGACACAAGAAAGAGCUGGAGGCCCUCCAGGCCAGGAUCGAGGCUCUUCAGUUGGAGCUGAAAUCCACAAAGGGGAAAAUCGCUCAGCUGCUGAUGGAGUACCAGGACUUGCUCAAUGUGAAGAUGAGCCUGGAGAUUGAGAUCACAACAUACAGGAAACUUAUUGAAGGUGAGGACAUGCGUAUCACCAGCAUAGUGCAGGGAAUGAUGGGCAUGAGUGCCAUCAGUGCUGGGAUGAGCGGAGCCGGAGCCAUGGGAGCUGGAAUUGGGGCCGGAAUGGGGGCUGGAGCAGGUGCCAGAAUGGGAGCAGGGUCAGAGAUGGAGGCUGAAGCUGCAGUCAAAGUAGUAGCUGGAAUGCCUGCCCAGUUGGGAAUGGCAGCCAGUGGUCUCGCUGACGGAAGUAGUGAAGCGGGCAAUGGAAAUGGAAGUCUUGGAGCCGGCCUGGGAAAUGGCAUCCACGGCAAGACCAUCACCACCUACUCUGAGGAGCAGGCAGUGGAGGUGACCGAGAGGAAGACCGUCCUCAUCAGUUAAAACCAAGGAUGACACACUGGAGAGUGCAGCUACAUCAUUGAGG